AUGUCAUUUAAAUCAUUAAUUAAACCAGAAUCAGAUGGAAAUUUAGAAGUACCAACCAAACCUUUCAACUUAUCUAAGAAUAUACUUGAAAGAUUCUCAUUAAAGGGUAAAGUCACAGUAAUAACAGGAGGUGCAGGUGCCAUUGGUUCAGCAAUAGCAGAAGGUUAUGCUCAAGCAGGUGGGGAUGUUAUAAUAUUAGAUCAUUCACAUACUGAUAAUGGAUUAUGUGAGAAAUUAAUUAAAGAUUAUGGAGUUAGAUCUAAAUUUUAUCAAAUUGAUGUAACAAAUGCUGAACAAGUUAAAGAAGUUGUCAAUAAAAUCGAUGAAGAAUUUGGAAGACUUGAUGUAUUUGUAGCUAAUGCAGGAAUUGCUUGGUAUACUGGAUCAAUUUUAAAUCCAGAUUCAACUCCAGAAAAUUGGAGAAAAGUAAUUGAUGUAAAUGUUAAUGGAGUAUUUUAUUGUGCAAAAUAUGUUGGAGAAAUUUUUAAAAAACAAGGAAGUGGAUCAUUUAUAAUAACUGCAUCAAUUUCAGCUCAUAUAAAUAAUGUUCCAAAUUAUCAAACAUGUUAUAAUACUUCUAAAGCAGCAGUAAUGCAUAUGGCAAAAGGUUUAGCUGUUGAAUUUGCAGGAUUUGCUAGAGUUAAUUCAGUAAGCCCUGGAUAUACAAACACAUUAUUAAGUGAACCUAUACCAAAGGAACAAAGAGCUAAAUGGUGGGGAUUAACUCCAAUGGGUCGAGAAGCAGAAACCGACGAGAUGGUUGGUAGUUAUCUUCUACUUGCAUCAGAUGCUUCUAGUUACAUUACGGGAUCAGAUAUAAAAGUAGAUGGUGGAUAUACGUCGAUUUAA